AUCAUUAUCUUUUCACAGCUUUUUGCAGUCUUUGCAUUUGCAACAUGUGGUGGCUAUUCUGGAGGAUUGCGGCUCAGCGUGGACUGCGCAAACAGGACACAGAGCGACCGCAGCAUUGACAUAGCCUUUGCCUAUCCCUUCAGGUUGUACCAGGUGAAUUUUGAUGCUCCCACCUGUGAAGGCAGACAAGAAAAACUUUCACUAAUAGGCGACUUUUCCUCUUCUGCGGAAUUCUUUGUGACUAUUGCCGUCUUUGCCUUCCUCUAUUCCUUGGCAGCCACAGUAGUUUACAUUUUCUUCCAGAACAAAUACCGCGAAAACAACAGAGGUCCUUUGAUUGACUUCGUUGUGACAGUGGUGUUCUCCUUCAUGUGGCUUGUGGGUUCUUCUGCUUGGGCUAAAGGACUAUCUGAUGUAAAGGUUGCCACUGACCCAGAUGAAGUACUCUUACUGAUGUCAGCUUGCAAACAACAAUCCAAUAAGUGCUUGCCUGUUUACAGCCCUGUUAUGUCAAGUCUUAACACUUCA